AUGCCGACGCACGCGAUCUGGGGCGUCUGGCUCUACGUUGUGUGGGCUAUCGCCGAGGGGGCUAUCCACUACGCCGGCGUGUUUCAGCCCGAGCAGCCCGAUCGGCGCGGCGCCGGGCUCACGUGGUUGCUCGUCGCGUUCAAGGCGUGCGUCGCCUACGGAUUCGUCGACGCGGCAUUUCUCCAGCGCACGACGCUGCCGGCUUGGGCCGACCCGCUCACUCGCGCCGGGGCCGCGCUGGUGGCCGUCGCGAUCGCGGUCCGCGUGGCGGCGCGUCUCACGAUCGGCAAGAACUUCAGCGGCUACGUGCAGACCUACGACAGGCAUCGCCUCGUCACGCGCGGCGUCUACUCUCGCGUUAGGCAUCCGGCGUACACGGCCUACCUGGGCUUCUUGGUGGGCUUCCCCCUCUGCUUCGGAAGUUGGGGCGCGUUGCUCGUCGGACUGGCGAUCGGUACGCCAGCCCUCUGGCGGCGUAUACGGGUUGAAGAGGCAUGCCUGGCCAAGUGGUUCGGCGACGACUACCAGGCGUACCGCCGCCGCACCAAGCGGCUCGGCCGUCCCACGCCCGACGCCCCCAGCAAGAUGCCCCUUUCCUACAAAGACGCCGGCGUCGACCUCGACGUCUACCAGGAGUCGAUGUCCCGCCUGCCGCGGCUCAUGCGGCGGACGCACACGCCGCGCGUGCUACCGCUGGAGGGGGGCUUCGCGGGGCUGUUCCGGCUCGACUUCGCGGGCAAGCUGUUCGCCCGGCAGUACCGCGACCCGGUGCUGGUCUCCUGCACCGACGGGGUCGGCACGAAACUCAAGGUCGCCCAGCUCGCCGGGCGGCACGACACGGUCGGCGUCGACCUCGUGGCGAUGUGCGUCAACGACGCCCUCUGCUGCGGCGCCGAGCCGCUGUUCUUCUUGGACUACAUCGCGAUGGGCCGCGACGACCCGGAGCGGCUCGAGCAAGUCGUCUCCGGCAUCUCGGACGGCUGCGUGCAGGCCGACUCGGCGCUGCUGGGCGGCGAGACGGCGAUCAUGCCCGACCUGUACGCCGAGGAGGACUACGACCUGGCGGGGUUCUCGGUCGGCGUCGUGGAACGCGACCGGUUGAUCGACGGCUCGAAGAUCGGCCCGGGCGACGUCGUCUUGGGCGUCGCCUCCAGCGGCCUGCACUCGAACGGCUUCAGCCUGGUGCGGAAGAUCGUUUUCGACACGGCGGGCCUUUCGUGCGACGACCCGGUCGAGGAGUGUGGCGGCAAGACCGUCGCCGAGCUGCUCUUGGAGCCGACGCGGAUCUACGUCCAGCCGAUCGGCCGCGUCCUGGGGCACUACCGCAAGAAGCAGGUGGUGCACGGCAUCGCCCACAUCACGGGCGGCGGGCUGCGCGAGAACGUCGAGCGCAUCCUGCCCGACGGCGUGUCGCUCAAGAUCGACGAGGGGAGCUGGAAGGUGCCGCCGGUGUUCACGUGGCUGCAGCGCCUCGGCUCGGUCGACGACGCGGAGAUGGCCCGCGUGUUCAACCUGGGGGUCGGCCUCGCGCUGGUGGUUAGCGAGCACUUCGCCGACAGCCUCCAGCGGCAGCUCGCCGAGCAGGGUCUUGAGAACUGGGUUAUUGGCCGGAUCGAGUAG